AACAGGAGGGAGAGUAAAAGAGGAAAAAAAAAAAUCAUGUUUGAGGUCCAAAGAGAAAAAAAAGGGAGGGGAGAGCGAGGAGGAGGGAGUGUACAGUAUGCUGGGGGUUAGUGAUGUCACGCAGGCCACGCCCACCUGCGGAGGCUAUAGAUGCUGGCGUUUCGUUGGUCCUCCUCUCCACACCGAGGACGCCUGACAGCUGAACAAGUCCUAAGACUGACCCGACGCCUGCAGGGAGAGACGCUUAGUGAAGUUGUCCAGCUCCUGGUCGCUCCUCAUCAUCCUCCUCCUCAUCAUCAUCAUCCUCCUCUUCGUCCGUCCUCGUCUCCUGGAAGCUGAAGAUCUGUAGAGGUCAUGGCGGGCAUCGCUCCCCUCCUCCGAGUCCUCCUCCUGCUGCUCGGAGGCACGAUUCUGCUCUGCGGCAUCCCUGCGCAGGGGAUCAGAGUGCGGCGGCAGAACAUGAAGGUUCGGAUCAACGCCACCGGCGACACCAUUGUGAUGAAAUUUGUGCGUCCGAGUCCGGACGUGAAGCUGGAGGGUUAUAUUCUGGGUUACGGCAGCAGCAUGUUCUCCAAACAGUUCAUCCAGCUGCCCGAGAACGGGAAACCCUACGAGACCGAGAUGGACGCAGAACCCAAGUACCUGGUGGCCGUCCAGCCAAUCCCAGCCAACGACGUGAAGAAGCACUGCACAGGGAAGGUGAACCUGGAGAAGCCGCUCCACCUGGUGAUCGGCUCCGUCAGCCCGACGGCGGUGCUGCUGUCCUGGGGAAACUACCUGAAGACGCCGUACGAAGGGAACAUCAUGAACGAAUGUCUCGAGGACGGGUUCUACACCAUCCGCUACAGGGAGAGGAACAGGAAGUGGAUCUACCAGACCUGCCCGACCAGCGACACAGUCAUUGACAACCUGAAACCCAACACGGCGUAUGAGUUUGGCGUCCGCUCCAACAAGGACGACCGCAGCGGCACAUGGAGCAAACCAGUCAUCCAUAACACCAACAUGGGCAAUAAAAAUGCACAGAAGCCAUACAAGCUGCGAAAUCCUCUGGCAAAGCCGAUGAAACCACUCGGACCUCACACUCUGUUCCCGCCUCGUCCGGCUUUGCACAACCGGACGCAGCCGCGACUCCCUGCUCUGUUCAAAAACCCAGGUUUCCCUGGAGCACCACGCACUUCUUUUGUGCCACCUGACAGCCACCAGGACUCUUUCCCUCUGCCAGGUUCAGCUGAACCUAAACGGCCUCAUGUGUCAUUCGACAAAGGAAACACUUUUAGAAACGACAGCAACCAACCAGCGGAUCCUCCUCCUGCCCUCCCCCACCUCCUGCCCACCAAAGCCCCUCCCACCAACACCACUGCCUCCCCCCUCCUUAAAUUACCCUCCAAUGGUGACAUGCUUCAGGGGCAGACUCAGCCCAGGGCGCCCACUAAUGCACCUGAGAAGCCUCAUAACCCUUCUGCUUUCGGCAAAUCACAGGACAGAUCGUCACUGCUGAGAUCAGCUCUGGCCAAUGAGCGGGCCAAAGCUAAUAACUGGGGUCAAAGCAGCAAAAGAAAUCUCUCUCCGUCGCUGCCUUUACAGCCCUACAACCCAGCUGCUUCCACGGUUUCCAGAUCCAUGGGGCCUCCAUCAAGAAAACCCCUCUUUCCCUUCUCUAACGGCUUCAGACAGCCCCACUCUUCCUCUAGAUCCAGUAACUCAUCCCCGACCUCGGGCAAACUCGGGGUAAACGGACAGCCUCACCGGGGCAUUUCCCCACCUAAACCCGCCUUAUGGUCCCGACCUCGACUGGUGAACAACUCAUUGCUGGAGGACAAGAAGGCUGAAUUCCCUGACGUGUUCGGUCGUUCGGGUCCCACUAUUGAAGAGCAUUUUUAUGGAUCUCCAGCUCGCCCGUCCACACCGAUCAACAAGAAACCAAACCAGGUUGGAAAACCCGGAGACACAGACAAGGUGAACAACCUGAAGCAGAACGACAAGUUGCCGUUCCUGAAACCCAAAGUGCCGCUGGCAACCACCAAGCCCACCAAGCAGGAACGAAAACAAGCCACAACUGUUUCACCGACACCUGCCACCAGUCGACAGGAAACCUGGGAGGACUCAGACUUGUUUAAAUCAAAGCCAACGUCUGACGUCGAUGCCCUGGGCAAGAAACGUUACGUGGCACCGCAUGUUAUCUACCAAACCGGCAAGAAACCGGACGAGCCGUGCUCCAUCACCUCCUCCCUCAGCUACUUCCCUGAAGACGAACCCAGCGAGGCAAACGUGACGGCUCCGCCCAGGACUGCUCCCUCCAACCUCACUGUGGUAACGGUGGAGGGAUGCCCAUCCUUCAUCAUCCUGGACUGGGAGAAAACGGACAACGACACCACCGAGUAUGAGGUCAUCUCCACCACUAAAGGACCCGACGGAGAACAGGUUUCCAUCCUGACCACCAACCAGACUCACACCACCGUGGAGAACCUCAAACCUGAGAGCAGUUAUGAGUUCAAGGUGAAGCCAAAGAACGAGCUGGGUGAAGGUCCUUCCAGUGAACCGGUGUCCUUCAACACAGAGUCAGCGGACCCGCGGGUGAGCGAGAACGUCUCAGGAAAAGACGCCAUUUGGACUCAGUUCCCCUUCAAGACGGACUCGUACUCCGACUGCCACGGCAAACAGUACGUGAAGAGAACCUGGUACCGCAAGUUUGUGGGCGUUCAGCUCUGUAACUCGCUCAGGUACAAGAUCUACCUCAGCGACUCGCUCAACGGUAAAUUCUACAACAUCGGAGAUCAGACCGGCUUCGGUGAGGAUCACUGCCAGUUCGUCGAUUCGUUCCUGGACGGACGAACAGGCCGACAGCUGCAAGCCGACCAGCUGCCAUCCAGAGCCGGUUUCUACAGAGCGCUGCGUCAGGAGCCCGUCCACUUUGGCCAGAUAGGAGGACAUUCUCACGUAAACUACGUCUCAUGGUACGAGUGCGGGACACCCAUCCCUGGCAAAUGGUGAACGGACUCGCUGCAACCAUCGUCCUCGGAGAAGCCCGAGUGAGGAUUGGUCGCCCCGGCUGGGACGGUGACAGUAAAACCUGCCGGAGCUCUGAACUCCCUCUUCAUGCUCCACCUUACCCAGUGCUGUAAAAACAUGUACAGGACAUACUCGUCAGGGAAUUUGUAACGAGAGAGCAUUUUUAAAAAAAUAUGUAAUAGCAAACAUGCCUCAUCUUUACUAUUUAUCGAGCAACAAGGCUACAGUGAUAGAAGAGGAGGAAGAUACGUGGAGGUUGGGUUACUCUCUGCAGUGUGGGGGGGUGGCUAACUCACGCUAGAUAUAUUUUAUUUUGUGUUAAAAUAAUGGGAAGCUGGCUCCCUGGAAUACUAUUUUCAUAACGAAUGAGAUGUUAUUUAUCAAAAGGUCUUAUUACAUUUCUUCAAGAGGCCAACAGGCGAGAAAGUCGCAGGAUUAUUUUGGUGACUCGAUGCUUCCCGCUGUUCCUCUUGUGUAGAUGUUCAGGAUUGUUUGCUUUUCAGCUUGUUCAUUGCAUUAAAGAGUCGCUUGAGCAAAAGGUUUCCAAAGUACAACCACACAGCAAGACAUAAUUUGGCAGCUGACCAGAAAUACCGAAAGCUUGUUGGAUAUUUGGAUUUCUCUCAUGCACGCACACGCUGCAGGUGUAUUAGUCUUCAACAAUAGACAACAAAAAUAAACCUGAUUUAAAUUUCAAAACUACAAAAAUAACAUUUUCCAGUCCACUGAUAACAAAAUGCCAAAUAUGUAAACACUUUUUGUACAUGCUUUGUUAGCACUGCAAGCUACGUUAACCGUCAGCAGGAGAUAGCGGCUAACAGUCCUCUGCAGUCUGUUAAAUGUGGAGAUUCAUGUUGUUGUACAUCGUGCUGCCCUGACAUUCUGUGCUAUGAACUAAAUGUUCUGUUUUUGGGAAAACUAAAAUUUGUCUUGUGUGUGAUCGGACUCGUCGAGGUGGGAGGCUUCUACACUUGCAAUUUGCACAACAGAAAUGUAUUUAUAUGUAUAUGGAGAGAAUGUAUUUUUUCAAUACAUUUUUGCAGAUGCAUUUCCCUCACCGUGGCCUUUUUUUUUUUACUGUACCAUAAUGUGCUCUUCUUCUCUUUGUAGCCUCAUACUAAUGCAGGGCGGGAAGCUAACUGUACAGCACACAUAUCUGCAUUCAAACUGCUUCUUUUAAUUUGAAUUACAGAAGAACUUUCAAACUUCAGUUGUUGCCUUGGUGUGUAUAUCAAGAACUAAGCUAGCUAGGUUAGCGAGGAUAUAGCCUAUUGUGACCACAGCUAUCAGGCUGACUAGCUCUGAUCCUGGACCAUCAAACUACGGAUCACAAUUUAUCUUUUUAGUGACUUUAAGAUGGAAAAAAUGUCAUGAAGUUGUAAAGUUACAAAAACAUGUUUUUUGUUAUGUAACACCAAGGGGUUUUGGGGGGUUUGUGAUUUUUAUUUUCCUUAAAGUCACUAAGAUUUCCCAACAGAAGGUCAUUUUCAUUUUCAACAUUCUCCCCGAAACAAAAUUUAUGAACUGCUGAGUGACUGAAAUACAAGAAAAAGGCUAGCAAGGUUAGCGCGGGUAUAGCAAUGGCCAGUUGUUUACACAAGUAUCUGGCUAAUUAGCCGAGUUAGCAAGCCAUAAACUUGGUUAUUUCAGUUGCUCUGUCAUCAAUAAAAGCUGUUACAGAAAGUAUGUUGAAAAUAAGAAGUUCCAGGUUUUUAGGCUGGUUAACGACUUUUACAGUGGAGGCGUUAAAGUAACAACAGACAUGAUUAAUUCCAUCAGAGAGGUGUCGAACACUGGAAACAGCUGAGUUUGUAGUUUCAAAAUUAUAUUUUCUUCUAAUUUUAUGUGCCGCUGAGUGACUGAAACAUAAAACGCUGUUCUGGACUACGGCUAUUAGCUAACGUGCUAAUCAUUCUUUCUAAUUGUUUUUGCGAGUGGCUGCCUUUAAUUUCCCGCCCUGCCACCAGCCCUCACUAUAAAGGCUUGGUGGGUUAUUAUGAGGCAGGUACGUUAUCUGAAGGUGCAGAUUGGCGGUAAAAUAAAGCGAUGCAGGACAUUUUCUUUCUUCUUUACGAUGUAGCACAGUCCUGAUUCAUGAACGUAAAACAUGUACUGUGCCUUUAACUGUCAGCUGACUGUAUUCAUGCAUUCACCCCAUUAUUAUAAAACAGAAGAGUGCUUUGUAAGAGAGAACAGAAUGUAUGUUAGCUGUUGAUGUUUUUCUACACGUUUGUUUCUAUAUUUGAUUUUCAACAAUAAAGAAGUUUUGAUUCCUUUUUUAAAAAAA